GCGUGCAAGGGUUGUGCGGGUAGGAUGGUCCGAGCUCACCCUUUUUCAGCCUUUCGAGUAAAAGAGUGGGGAUUUUUCUGAUCCCUGACCUCUGCGCUCGCAGCCUCGUCUCGCAACAAACGCGACUUCUUCCAAGCAGCAUCGCCAGCCACACCUCCGCCAUUCCUUGGCCAUCGAACCUAACCCCAAUUCGAAAGCCCACGAGGUUUGGAAACUCGACAAAGCAACGAGAUGGCGCCAAUCGAAGAUCCGCUGCUGCUGUUGCGGCAAUCAAUUGCUUCGGGUAGCAAGAUCACGCCAACCGCAUCCGCCGACUCGUCAGAAGAAGUACCGCUCUCCAAGGCAACCCACCUCGUAUUCACCGACCCGGUCCGGGUCGCCGUGCCCAUCGACGCGCCGACGCGAUUCACAUCAACCGAGGGCAAGGCCGUCGACGUGCGCUCCAUCUACUUCGCCUGGCUGAACACCGACUAUGCCAUUCCGGAAUACAAUGCCGUGGCGACCAAGCUGAACGAGGAGAUGGCUGGCUCCGCAGCCGUGCACAUGUUUGCGUUUGUCGAGCGUCUUGUGUUGUUUACGUUCUUGGAAGGCGCGCAAGAGGAGAGCGAGUUUAUCAAGCCUCUGCCCGGGGACAAGGAUGCCGCAACAGGGGCCGGCGCUGCGGCGACGGGCGCGGCGUUGAAGGCUGCUCCGGCCACAUCGGGUCGCGCAGGUCGAGGCACGAUGGAUCCGCGUCUGGCGCAAAUCUACGACGGGGAGCGGCGCAUGGGCGACCGGAAUACCAUCCUCAGGGGUAUCAAGCCAACCGAUUUCUCCCAUGUGCGCAAACUGGCCGCACCCUUCAUGACGCGCAAACCAGGCGGGACCCCCGCAGCAACCGGUGUCGGCGCCAACCCGUCGCUCGCGCUCAACCAAAAACCGACGCGGCGGCCCGACCCCAUCAUCCUCCUCUCGCCGUCGGCGUCGGCGCUCCUGCGCAUGUCCAACGCCAAAUCGUUCCUCGAGGGCGGGCGCUACACGCCGCCGGACAGCAACUCGACGUCGACGAUGCUGCACAUCUCGCGGCUCAUCAAGGACAUCGACGCGACGCGGCCGAUGCGCUUCAUCCUGGUGGAGGGCCCGGAGCAGUUCAAGCCCGAGUACUGGAACCGCGUGGUGGCCGUGUUCACGACGGGCCAGGCCUGGCAGUUUAAGAACUACCGCUGGAGCAACCCGACGGAGCUGUUCAAGCACGUGCUCGGCGUCUACCUGGGCUGGCGCGGCGACGAGCCGCCCGAGACUGUGCGUGUCUUUGGCCACAAGGUCCUCUCGUGCUCGGUUGAGAAGUGGCGCGACCCGGGCCAGCCCGGCGCCGAGACCAGCCGCUGGCGGGACCGUGAGGUUGUGGAGGCCAUUUGGAAGGGCAUCGAGGCGAACAUGCGCGCUAAGGGGUGGCGGAAGGAUGCGGCGCCUAGUUCUAUCUGAGGGGGGAGUCUCCGCGGGAGGGGUGUGGAGGCCGGUGAAAACUUAGAUUGUAUUAUCUACUUCUACAAGGGCAUUAGCUGGGCGUUCAGGCGGCGUUUUCGAAGGGUUUACAUAUAGGGGGAUUCUGGAGUUGGGCCUGGCGGAGAUGAGCAACUUGAUAUCCGGAACCGUGUUUCCUGUGAAAUCUGUCCCUGCCGUCUGGCCGGCGCGGGUGUCGAGUCUCGGUCGUUGGCAUUGAAUACUGUGUGUACUCCCCAACCGGACAACGCCAUUCAAGUCAUGACUAGGAAUAGCUCAUUGCUGAGAUGAGUGUCGCGUCGCGCGCACAUUCUACCUCUAUCCCACCAAACCCAUCGGAAGCGCAAUCCGCACCCGCCAACGCCAACGCCAUGCCAAUCAUCAACCCCACGACGAAAGAAAGACCACCACCCCAAACUCCGCCCCUCUCCCAAC